CUUCGUCGUAAACUACAAUGGACAGUAGAACGACGAUUAUACAGCGACCAAUGGGUCCUCGCAGCAGAGGCCCUCCCUCUAGUUUGGCCACUCCCAAUAAUCAACCUCGCGAUCAACCAAGGUUACCAGUUCCAACUCUCACAAUUCCCCAUGAACCAGCAAGAUCCCCAAAGCCAACCUUGAGCUCACUCGCAAUCCCUCGUCCGCCUCUAUCCAAGCCCUCUUUUCCAAAGAUCAAAAUCGGGAUCGAUACAGGUUCCACCGCGGGUCCUCUCUUCGAGAGUUACUAUGGUGGCCCGAAUGGACCUUCGCUCGAUACAAACACCCCUCCAGACGAGAGGACAAUCCGUCCAGAGUCCACAGCGACAUGUGUUCCUCAGGCAAACCAGCGCUCGACAGAGCCGUUUACCGAUAUCCGUGAGCUGGUUACGGAUCUCGAAACUAGGCCUUCCCAGCAGCCCGUCCUCCCCGAUGCCCUUGCAGAGGAUGACGACGCUGUACUUGUGCCCAGGCCGCCCGCUCUAUCUUGGUCCGACGAUGUUCUAGAGGAACAAUCACGCCUGGGAGAAGGCGCUGGCGGGGCUGUUCACAAAGUGAAGGAUAAGAGGACAGGAAAAAUCAUGGCUCGCAAGACAAUCACCACCCGCGAAGCGCCAAUGAAACAAGUUCUUCGGGAAGUUUCCAUUAUCUCCUCAACGCAGCACGUCAAUAUCGUCCUGUUCCAUGGGGCGUUCAUGUCCCCUUCAUCAAGCGAGGUCAAGAUCUUGAUGGAGUACUGUGAAGGUGGUAGCUUGGAAGCUGUCGGCAAACGCAUCAAGGAGCGAGGCGCCGUCGUGGGAGAGAAGAUUGCUGGACGAAUAGCUGAAGGGGUUUUGCAAGGGCUCGCCUAUCUUCACUCAAAGAAAACCAUUCACAGAGACAUCAAACCUCCCAAUAUACUGCUUUCCCGUGAAGGUGUUGUCAAGUUGUCCGACUUUGGUGUGUCCGGUGAACUGGUCAAUUCAAUCGCUGGCACGUUCACUGGCACAAGUUUCUACAUGGCGCCAGAGAGAAUUUGCGGGAAGGAUUACACUAUUCGAUCAGACGUAUGGUCGACUGGUAUUUCACUCCUUGAACUCGUUCAAAAUCGCUUCCCGUUUCCAAAUGAUCUUCCGCCUAUUGAACUAAUGAUGUAUAUCACGAAUGGAGAGCCUCCCAGACUUGAGGACGAGCCGGGGGUGCAAUGGAGCGAUGAAAUGAAAGAUUUCAUCAAGGAGACGCUAACGGUGGACUCACUGACGAGGCCAACUCCCAAGGACAUGCUUGCACACCCUUGGAUCAUCAGCGUCAUGAAACAAGAAGUUCACAUGGCUCGGUGGAUCCGUCAGGUUUGGGGCUGGCCCAAGUCAAGCAGACGAUCUCGAGACGAACGUAGCCUAUCCAGAUUAAGCACCGCGAGCGCUGAUUCUCGCAGCUCCCCCGAUUCUAUUACAGGGUAAACUGACUUGUUUUGAGUUAAUUUCUUUUCGCCUCCUCGCUAGAUAACAAUUGUUUCGCUCUAUUACUUUCGCCGUCCUAUCCAUCUCACUCCCAUCUUUCUCGGUCAACAAAAUGCUGUUCUACCUAUUCAAUCACCAUACCACUGUUGUUUUCGCAGACACUUUGUACUUUGCCAUAGCCCCAUUUACUCUCACAAAUCUCCGCUACACACCUUGGACUUCAAGGAGCAUAUUUCCUCGGCUUAAUGCAAACUACUACUUUCCUGACAUGCGCCCACCACCACACAACCGUGGUCCGUCGGCUGUUCAAAUUUCCAUGACGCUUAUCAUAGACUUCAAUGCCGCGGAGUACUGUUUAUAUUCAUACCGAGGACAUUUCUGGACAUUUUCUGUAGGGCGCAGAUUUCCGAUACAACUUGUAAGAUAAAC